UCGGUUUUCCUGCGCGCUGCCUUCGCCGAGACAGCUCUCGGCGUACCACCCCACGCCAGCCCGUACGAGAAAGAGGGGGUUCGCGUCGGUGGCGUGUGCGUCGACGCCGAUAGGCGAGGAGAUGCCGCCUUCUAAGCUCCUCCUCCCUCCGCUUCUCCCCCUUCUCCUCCUCCUAAUCCUUCACCCUUCUCCUUCGAUUGCGGACCAUCUUCCCUCGCAUGGGUGCUUCUGGACUGAAUCGUGUCAAAGCAUCUGGCUCGGUGGAUGUGGAGCCGGACUUGUGGUAGCUGAUCAGUCAGAUAACUGCAAUGGUCUUUGUGGGGAAUCAGCUUCUCCACCAUGCCUUCCCUUCCAUACACAUUUUCACUGCUGUAAACCAGAGAACCCAAGGAUAACAAACAGGUGCACAAGAUGCAAGAACAAGUUAGAUUUUGGUGAUGAAUACAUAUGCUGCAUGGACUGCUCAGAUCCUUACCUCAUAGACAAGAACACGAAAUUGGGUUACUGUAAGACUGGUGCAGAGCUGGCUGUGCAAUUGAAACCACAUGAAGCUUUUAAAUGGGUUGCUGGGCCAUGGAUGAAAUGUUCUUCCCCUUGUGAUGGUGGAGUUCGGUACAGAGAUGUUGGCUGUUAUGCAAGUACUGAUGAUUCAUCCAUUAAACACUACCCAGUGGAUGAUAGUAGGUGUUCAGAUCAACAAAUGCCCGUUAAGCAGGAGCCUUGUAAUCAGCAAGCCUGUGGAGAUAUGAGCAGCAGUGAUCCAAGGGACAAGCCAAGUGGGAUGUCUGGGUGGUUGGUUGCGUUGCUGGUUCUUCUUGGGCUUGUGGCUGCCAGUGGGGUCGGUUUUGCAGGCUACACCUAUUACAAGAGGAGAACCUCGGCACCAAGUGGCUUCGUGUAUAUUAUGCUGGAAGGAUAUUCUUGAGAUGUUUGAUUCCUUUGGCAGAAUUGCCUUGGAAGGUAAUAAAUGACUGUUUCAGUGGGGCAGGUGUCUCCGGUCGUUAUUAUGUGAAAGGUUUGUUUGGAAAUUGCCUUGAAGGUUUGUGUGGAGCGGGUAAGUCGGGUUGUUCAAAUCCGAGGUAUCGUUUGCCCGUCAUGAUUCUUUGACACGAGUGUCGUGGAACCAAUAAUUUGUCUGACUGAGUCGAGGAUUGUUGGUCAUAUGGAAUGUGAAAUUUGACAAACUGGAGCAGGUCAUUUUUAUAGUUUGAAUCCAAAUUUAUUACCUGUCGUCAUUCUCA